CUAACCAAGGUAUGCUCAGUUAGCAAUUGAUCGUUCUCAAGACAACACAAGCAAUUUUGAAGUGUAGAAGUUUUGUAAAUUUUUGAAUACCAUCCAUUCCAUCAACGAAAAAUAAAAUUCAAAAUGGGUUGCUGUUCAUCUACCAAUGCCAAUGAAACACUUAAUGGAUAUUACGCCGCCACUGCCCAGCAAAGACAAGGCUCCAAACGUAGCUACUCGAGCCGCAUUAGCUCUGGCAGUUCGGGGGUGUCAAGUGCCUGCACUUCACCCUCACGCCGUAGCAUUUUGAGCCGCAGCAGUACCGACUCCACACCAAAUGGCCCCAAAGCCAAGACCAAGAAUUUCACAUUGACCCACAAGGAUAUACCCAGCAAAGCUUUGGAAAUGUUAUCGAUUUGUGAUGAUUUCGGUGAAGUUGGACGCAUGCAGAAUAAAUCCUAUGGUUAUUACUCCGAGUCGAGUUCUCCAUCAUCAUCACCCUCCAAGGAUUGCCUUAGACGUACCCAGGAUACCAGCAGCUUGACAUGUGAGGAACAGGCCGUGGCCGUUACACCCACUCCCAGCGAUUUGGAAAUGGAAAUGUACAUGAUGUCCCAUUCCCAGGGAUUAAUGCCCAAGACUUCAUCGCCAAUAUUCCAUAGACGUGAUGUUACCUAUGAUGCGGUGGCCCAGGCCUCACCACCCUCCCAAUCCUAUCAAAAAUGGUCCAAUUAUUUGCAAUCUACCCCAGCCUAUAUGUUACACAAUGUCACCAACAUUCCCGAAGCCAUUGCCGGACAUUUCAGUCCUUUGGAUUUCCCUGGAUUCACCGAUCUCGAAGAUAUGGAAAGUGCAGCCAAGAGAUUCAAGGCCGACAUCCACAAGUCAGCCAUCUAUGAAAGUGCCGAGGAAGAUGAGGUAUUUUAUCAGAAACAAAUACCCAGACCUUCCAAUCUAACACACACCAUCUCCACGGAACUGUAAGUCACAGACAGUCUCAGCGUGAGAGAGAGAGAGAGAAAACAGAUUCCAUCUUCAUUGAACUUCCGCCCGGUUUCGGAAGUCCAUGCAAGAUGUUCAAAUCAUUAAUGCCCCAUGACGGCCCAAGGCCCAGGCAAAGCAACAGGUGUGCUGUAACAAAAAAAAUACUUUCAUAGGAAUCACAAAUGACGACUACUGAAACUCUCAAACUUUUGUAAAAUAUUUCAAUAUUUAUUCAGAAAGACCAAAAGUUGCACAGGUUUCAACGAUAAAAAAUAACACAACAUAUCUUCAUCAAGGAAAGCAAAUGAAAACUCAUACUUUUUCAAAAAAAGGAAAAAAUUAUCUAUGGAUUCAUGGAAUGAAUUCAAUGAAAAAAGUAUUUGAGAUUUUCGAAAAGAAAACCCCCUAAUCAUUCCCUCUAAUUACAUGCCAAUAUUUAAUCAAAUUAAAUUAAAACAACAAAUUGUGUAUAAAAUUGUAAUUGUAGUUUUUAAGGUCUUAGAAAAUAAUCAAAAUAAAAUAAAAACCCAAUUUUAAAAGAAACAACAUUUCUUUACAAACAUAA